CAUCCAAGUACGUUUUUCAUUCUCUUGCAACAAUUCUAAUUUCUCGACGUUCUUGAUUCGUGUUAAUAAACUAUCUGUGUUACCUGAUUUUCCCUUCAGAUAUGAAGAUCAUCGCGGCGUAUUUGUUGGCCGUUUUGGGAGGUAACACAGCCCCUUCCGCCGUUGAUGUCAAACGCAUCCUAGGCUCAGUUGGAGUUGAGGGAGAAGAUGAGCAGAUUGAGUUGUUGAAAUUCUGGCGUAGUCAGAAUCAACAGUUGCUGUUGAGGGAAGUCAAGGGAAAAUAUUUUGCUGAGCUAAUUGCCAGUGGAAGAGAGAAAUUGGCUUCAGUUCCUUCUGGUGGAGGUGUUGUAGCUGUUUCUGCUGUAUCUGGUGGCGGUGCUGCAGCCUCUGCACCUCCUGCCAAAGCAAAGGAAGAAAAGAAGGUUGAAGAAAAGGAAGAGUCUGAUGAUGAUAUGGGCUUCAGUUUGUUUGACUAGAAGAGUUGAAACACAAGAUUUUGUUUAUUGUAUUAGGUUUUGUUGGUUUUGUAUUUUCAUUUUUGACAAUGUGAUUGGAUCAAAAUGCUUUUUAUGAUUUCCUUGACCUAUUGGUUUUUAACUUGUGCAUUAUAUUGUUCCUAGAAGGAAUUAUAAUCCAUCCAUUGUUAUUAGUUACCUUGAUAACUAUAAAUUUUACUUAUAAAUAGGGAGAUUUGAAA